GGGCCUCGCCCACGGGCCGUCAUUGAUUAGGGUUUUCUGGGUUGGCCAUGUCUUUCUCCAGCUCAUUUUACAGAUGAGGAAACUGAGGGAAACAGGGUGGAAGGGACGAGGCCGGGUCACCCCGCGGCGCCUGGGGCCGCCUUUGGGCCCGGCUCCCGAGAGCGAGUCUCCCCAUGGGCCGGCAGGAGACAGAACCCGCCGCGUGCUGAGCUGGGUGCCCUCCUCAGCGGGAGAACGCGCGGGCCGAGGAGCCCACGGCCAGCCCCAGGCGGCUGGGGGAGGGGGAGACGAAGCCCCCGCUCGGCCCGAUGGAGGCGGGGGCCUGGGACAAGGCAGAGGCUUCGGACCCCCACCUUCCCGGCGCUCUGAGCGGGCUGGGGACCCUCCCUGCCGGCGGAGCAGGGAGGUGGAGGCUAGGGGGGCAACCUCCGGGCCCCAGUGGGCGUCCCCAAAGAAGCCCCUCCAGAAGGGGGCGCAGAGCCCCGGCCCGGCCCAGGAAGGGUUAAGGACUGGGACCCGCCGGGGCGGCUCUCCCCACCCUUUGCGGGCGGAGGACCCCGCCCUGGGGGAGGGGCCAACGGUUUAUAAGGAGGCUGGGCCGAGGCGGCCAGUGGAGACAGGGGUGCCCGCCCCCCCAGAAGGCCCGGCAGCAGCUCCCGGGGCCAGCUUUCCUUUCUGUAUAGCUUCUCCAGGGACCUCCUCAGAGAGAGGAUGUGGCUGUGCCCACAUGGCACCCUGGCCAGGAUAUCAUCAUAUACUGUAAGUUUGCAAUGAGACACUACAGUAUAGAUGAUGUACUGGACGGGCCGCCCUGCGCUCCGGACCCAGGCCAGCGGGAGUUAGAAGAUGACACACUGAGCUCAGGCCAGGAGGGCACACGAGGAGUGUGGCGAGGAAACCGUUACCAUUACUGUGCUUAGUAAUGGUAAGGGUUCUCUUGCUGCGCUCAGUGACCGUGCCGCCAGCUGAGACCGGAGGACCCUGGGGCUGCAUGGGGGGGAGGAGCUCUGCUGCACUGUGUAGAAAUAAAAGUGAGAAGCCAGA